AUGGCACCUGAACUUUUGGUCAACGAACUUCAACUAAAAGAGGCCUCGCUUGCUGAUCUCAUUAUGGCUGACGUAUGGGCUUAUGGUAUGGUUGUUUUUAAUAUAAUCAAUCCCGGUUUAAAGCACCCGUAUGAGUUAAAUAUUGAAAACUGCUGCGUAAGAGAUACGCCUUUAAAUAUGCUUCAAGGGUUUGCAAAAGAGAAGGAAAUGCCUGUUGCACAACAUAAGUACGAGUCGCAUCAUCAGGGAGAAUGGGCCAAUUUAAAAAUUAUCUAUGAAUCCUGUACUACAAUUUGUCCAUCUUCACGGCCGUCCAUGAAAGAAGUUGUUAACAUGAUGCGCGCAGACAAGCGAUCGACAACAAGUUCCAGCUCUACACCGCAUGGAAAUGCAACGGAAAUCCACCUUAGAAUUAGCCAGGCUUCAGCAAUUGGCAACGUGGAUCAAGAACUUCUAAAGGGACAAGAAAUAAUCAAUGACCAAUCCGUCUACCAUGCUGAACCCGAGAUUCCAGGCGAUGCAACCAAUGCAUGUGCAUUUCUCACCAUCCUGAUAGCACACGAGCUGCACGAAUCGGAAGUUAUGUCCUGGCGUUGCAUAGCUGAAACUGCUGAAAGCAUUAUUACCAUAUACCCACAUGUUUUCAAUCGAUUCCGUGAUACUUCUCUCCAUUACGAUAUUAUGGAGGCCUAUACCAUGUUAAAGGACAAUAACUGUCUCCCGGAUGACCGUUACUAUUUAACUGAAUGUUUGCUUUUCGAAGAAAAUGCAUUAUCUCAGCUUGGAAAAGAGCAAUUACUUCAAGCGAUGACUAAAGUAGCUUUAGCAUGUCCAUCGUAUGGCUUCUAUACAUGUGACCAGUUUAUUUUUUUAAUUGGUUCAUACGACUUGGACAUGUUUGUUCUCGACACACACGAAGUUCCUGUCGCAGCCGGUGGGAAGAGCACUGCCCUUUUGAAAAGAUUCCUUGGGACAAAUGAAGAAUCUGCGAAAGAAUGUUGCCGUUGGUUAUGGAAGCGGUUAGCCUCAUCGAAACUGAAUGGUCCGCAAUCACUCUCAAUGAUGGUUAAACAUGAAUCAGAAAGGUUUGUUAAACAUUUAAUGUGUGUUCAACUGCAUGACGUCUGUUGUUUGAAAAAUGUUUUAUGACAUAUGUAAACAGAUUUCCAAAAAAUAACUAAACAAAUAAGUGCGCAUAUUCGUGGAACCAUAGGUGGAACUGUUGUUGAUAUUUUCAAGUUUCACUUUAUCACGAUGUUCGAAAUCUUUUUCGUUUUAAAACUAAUUAGUAAUGAAGAGAGUGCGUCAGAUCCUCCAUCGAACGCCCCCAACCAACAAAACCCAACACUGGACAACGAAACAGUACAAACAGCCGACCCACCAGAUUGUGCCGAUCAAGAACAAAGUCAACAAGCAAGUGCAGCGUAUGAAAAUAGGAACAGCGAAGAUGAUCGGCAACAUCCCUCAUGGUAUCUCAUUGAUGAACCAAUGAAUGAGGAGUUUUAUCGUAUAUCUCAAACUCAAGAUAACAUCGGGUGUUCUACAGCUUUUAUUGAACAGGUUGUCCAACGAAGUCCGGAUCGAAAAACAGCUAAAAGGAAACAGGUAGGUGUUUAUCGUUUAAAACAUUCUAUUGCAUGCACUUAAACUCACAAAACCACGAUUGAGAUCGAUCAUAACUAGCGCCGUCAACGUCACAAUGAGUAAGUAAUGACUGAAAUUGUCUGUACCAGUGUUGGUAGUACAAAUGUGAAAAUGCUGUGCUGAGUGGUUAUAUCACCACCUUAAAAAAUGAGCAGAAACUCGACGUUUCGAGCGAAUGUCCUUCGUCAAGAGUUAGUAGACUAACUCUUGACGAAGGGCAUUCGCUCGAAACGUCGAGUUCCUGCUCAUUUUUUAAGGUAGUGAUAUAACCACUCAGCAUAGCAUUUUAAAGUAAUGACUGGUCUGCGUUAUAUGGAAACCUAGUUUAUACCUUGUUUAUAUCAACUCAUUAUUUCUUUACAGGUUAUCACUUUGUCGUCCGAGUCCGAUGAGAAUUCUGAUAUUGAAAUUCAUAGUCCAACAUGCAAAUCGUAAGUUCAUCACGAUAUAGCGUAUUUACCUGAUUGAGCUGCGCCCCCAAAUGAGCGCCGCGUUUGAGAUCAUUCUUUUAAGCGCGCCGCCCCCAAUGAACGCCACACUAAACAGUGCAAAAACUUUCCGCCGUCAAAAUGGGGACAUUUAGUGACAAAAACCUAUUAAUUUAAAACUUGUGUAUUGUUGUUAAAAGUCCUUGUUAUAAUUUACAAAUAAAAAAUAUUUUUAAAGAGCGCCGUCCCCGAUUGAGCGCCGCCCUCGAAUUAGCGCCACAUCUGAAGGUCUGAAAAAUUUAAAAAGCGCCGCGGCGCUCAAACGAGUAAAUACGGUAGUUCGUAUACAGCUCUGUUUGUACAAUGUUGUACAAAUGCAAAUGAUCAUUUGGUGGAUAUAGUGUAAUUUCCAUCCUUAUCUUACAGUUCACGCAUCACGGACGAAAUGGAGAGUAGUAGUGGGAAUGAUGAAGACGAAAGGGGUUCAAGCAGGUAACUGAAUUUAAUUCACAACAUAUUAAAUUACUCUGAUUCAGAUAUAUAGAUUGUUUGGGCACUUAUCAUUACAAUAACCAAAAAAAAAAUUGGCAGGAAACAUUUUCCAGAGCAAGGGGGCGCACGCAAUUUAAAAGCUCAGAACAUUUAAACUGCGCACGCAAGCCAUUCUUUGUCCGGCUAGAAAAUUUAUCCUUAUGAAUUUUUUUUGUUCAUUCUACAUUUCCAACUCCAGGACAAUCUAUAUGGAUCAAAAUUUUCAUGACAUAAAUGGUUUUGUGGACUUGACAGCCGUAUCAAAAUUGUUUACUUCUUUCUAAUACAUCCGAAGAUUGCAACACAUUACAAUGACAUACUGUACAUCUUUAGUUGCAUUUUGCUUUUAAUUGGUUGAAUCAAAGGUUUAUACAACAUUUUGUUAUUCAUAGAACAUUACAUCAUUACAAUGACGAUGCAAAUACUCCAGUGUAUGAAUGGGCCACAAAAGUCAAGAGUGUUGACAAAGUGUUACCUAUUUUGCUGAUGGAACCAACUUUUGCGACAACAUGCACGCGUGUUCCAACUGCUAUCUCGGACGACGUGUGUUUUCUUAUUGAUACAAGCAAAUUAUCAAGUCACACAGAUUGGAAAUGUGAUGAUAUGGGAGCAUGGAAGAAUAAUGGCGUACAACGUCACAAGCUACGAACACCCAUAAGUGAUGAAGAUCUAUUAGAAAACGAGCACGUUACAAUCAAUGAACAUACUGUGAAAAGAAUAUAUUUUAAGAAUAAUUCAUCGCCUGACUUAAGGAAAUACGUAACAUUCUUGGAAGGUAUGUAUAUUAUGUUCAGAUGAUUUAUUUCUUAGCAUCCGUCCGGCGCUGGUAGGGGGGGGGGGGGGUUCCCUCCAGCUGCCAAUUCUCGGGUGCGCAAUAAUGAAAAGGGGGCGCCGAUCUUGCGCAAAAUUUUGAAAGUGGGUGGAAAAAAACGAGUUCGAAAAAAUAUAGUUACUUUCGCCAAGAAAAGAUGUGGUUUAUAGGCUUAUAAACAGACUAAGCGCAUAGGCGACAAAGGCAUAUAUUAAAUUACAGACUAUUUUGUCUAACCGUAUUGGCUACCCCACAACGUUAACUCACACGCAAUGUCUCAUUACCGGAAUAUUGGACACGUUUCGAAGCGAUCACGGGAAUUAUGCCUUUUUUGCUGGAAAAUGCUCCUUUAUUAUGCUUCACGAAUUACGAGAUAAUUAGAUAAUUGAAUUUGUGAUAAUGUAAACUUGUGUACGCAAUUUAGUUGUUUGUGCAAGAAACACCAUGACUAAUGUAUGUAAUGCUGAAACGCGCCCUUUUGGCAGCCUGGCAAGAAAACCUUAAAAUGCAUACGCGUGGGGUUCGUGUGUUAUUGUAUAAAAGAGCUGUAAGUUGUAAAUGUAUUCAGCUCACUAGAUCAGUACAGAAUAGAAUUGGGAACAGAUUAAUCGCUGGAAGUAGUUAGCAUUGCACAAUUUAAGUACUACUAAAUUCUAACCAAAUUUCGACACGUUAUAAUUCGUUUCCUGACCAUCAGAUUUCUGUCAAAUCUUUCCCCAAAGUCCAGAAAAAGGCAUUUCAGAGACUCUAAAUUCAAAAAUUUUCCAGAGGGGCAUGUCCCCGGAUCCCCCCAGACAAACCUCGCACCUGCGGCGCUCGGCUCAUGCUUUCGGCCCUCGUUUAUCAAGCCUAAUAUUAUAGGGGGGGGGGGCAUAUUGGUUGACAGCUCACAUGAAAAAUAGUACCCAGCACGCCACUGUACGUUCGGUCUGUUUAUCUAUUUCUAUAUCGACCUAUAUAUUUCUAUUUCUUCUUACAGUAGAAAUAAGCAGUAAUAAACAGUAUUUUAAUUUUCUUAACUAGAAUACCCAACAAUCAUAUUCGUUCAGUAUCUAUUUGAUGGGAAACCCCAUGAAGUAAAACCGGCGUCUCAUGGGAAUGCAAAGAAAAUAAGUGCAUCUGGUUAUAUAAGAACAAAAGAGAGUACGAAGUCGCGACUGCAAGAAAUAACGUCAAUGCAAACCCCCAAGUCAGCCUAUCAUAAAGUGUUGACGGAAAAGGGGGGUAUACGAAGAGCAUCGUCUGCGAGCGACUUACCUCGAAACAGAGAACAGGCGAAGUAUGUCAGGUCUAUCUCAAAAGGUCAGCGCGUUAAUCACAUCGACUCCCUUGUGAUUUUGUUGACCCAAUGCAAGAGAGAACAGUUACAGCAUAACAAAAAGGCAUUUAUAAGAGAAGUGACCGGUGCUCCAGAAAUGCGAUGUGUUCUUGGGUAUGAUUGGCAGAUCGAAGACCUUAUCACCUUUUGCACAGAUCCAGAACGCUUUAGCGUUUUAGGCGUGGAUCCUACGUUCAAUCUAGGUCGAUUCAAUGUUACGGUAACAACCUUCAGAAACCAAAAAGUGGUUGAUAGAGUAGCUGGCCAUCAUCCCAUCAUGAUCGGACCGUUGUUGCUUAGUCAAACGAAGUCAUUCGACGCGUACAACUAUUUCUUUUCCAAAGUAAGUUUUUUUAUUCACAUGAAGUAGAGGCGUUAGCUUUUUUUAUUCGCAUGAAGUAGAGACAUUAUAUUUAGGCGAACAUUUUCCUUGAAUACAGAAACACAAAUCCUGAAUUAGUGAAUUGUCAGUUUUAUGUACUAAACAGUUAGCCAACUUGAAUGUAUUUAAUUUUCUCUAAUUAGCUAGUAGGUUUGAGAAAGGACACACGAAACGUCUUGGCUUAUGGGACAGACGGCGAAGAAGAACUUUAUAGAGCGCUGAAAUAUAAUUUCCCGCACGCCGUCCACCUACGUUGCCAAAUGCACUUCCGAGAAAAUUGCAAAACUCAACUGAUGCAAUCGAAUAUCCCAAAAGCACAACAGAAAGAAAUUCUUGCGGAUAUAUUUGGACGAAAGGUUGGAGAUACCUGGGAAAAUGGUAAUUAUAUGCUUUCAAUUUUAUUACUAGAAAAUACAUGCAUACAGAAACCCUCGCGAUCGCCUUGUUGACAAAACCAUUGUAUUUUCCGAACAUGAGGUAUCUAGAGUAGUUGUCAUGGUAACACGAUAAUUUUUGAAGAAUAUUCUUACAAAUGAAAAAUCGCCUAAAAAUAUCACCUUUAAUUACAAAAUUGUAAAUUUCCCAACAUAUAUAUAUGUUAGGUAUGAUAUUAUACGUAUUAUAAGCUUCAAUUUAAGGUGAAAUUCAACCACAAACGCUUCUCAAAAAGUUUUAAAGUGUUCUUAUAAAACUAAACUGCCUUUGAUUAAAUGCCGGUUAAUAAUCGGUAAACUUUGAAUUUGCAAUAAAAUGAUUUCAAAUUCUCGCAUGCAAAUAACUUUGAUGUCUUUUUAAUUUAAAAAAUUCAAUAUAAUAAAAAGGGAAUCAAUAAGACAAUAUUAUAAAAGAUACACUGAAAUUAUAUGCUGUCUUGUCAUAGGCAGCCCAGCAAAAUGUGUAAAAAUCAGUGAUAAAAAUGCAUUAAACGCUCAAAAAUACGUAUAAAGUUCGUCUCAAUUUGCUAUCAAGCGAUUUAUUUGUGUAGCUCAUUAUACAUGAAGAUUCCGAUGUUUACGUGAUUGUAUUUUCAUAUAGUGUAAAUAGUCGGGGGGAAUUAGUAUCCUCGCACGGCGCUUCGCGCCGUCGGCUCGGGGAUUAAAAUAGAUUGAAUUAAAUUAAAUUAAGUAAAGCUUGUAUACAAUUUUCAUUACGCCAAUUAUUUCAUUAUUGAAUUGCAUUAAAUACUUGCAGGUUUGGUUGACGCAAAAGACGAAGACGAUUUGAGAACAAAGUUAUCGCAUUGCAAAGAUGUAUGGAACAGAAAAGAAAGCAGUUAUCUUCCUCCAAACAAAAAACCCAAAUUCUACCAAUACAUUCUGGAGAAGGUAAUAUAUUAAUAAAUAUAUACAGCCGUACGCUCAAAACAGAAAUUGCAUAAUACAAACGUUAAUAGCAGCGUAGGAAAAUUGAGGUGGGGUAAAGCUUUUGAAUUUUUGAAUCCCCUAUAUAAUCGUCCUAUAUAAUCGUCAGAAGGUUGCAUUUUUCGGAGUCUAUCUUUUCCCCAUUUCUUACGCUUCCGAACUUAAUUAAUCAAAUUCACUACCUAUAGUAGUUUGACAGUUUGUUGGACUCAAAUGAGACAAAGAUACGUUUUCAUUACAGUAUGGAACGUUGUUACCAUAGGCUAAAUAAUACCAUUCACGGUUACUUUGGAUGAGUAGGUGACAACUACACAUAAUACACAAAAUUGAUAAUUUGUUUUAAUUUUUACUGUCAUGUAUUUGUUCUGGUUUUAAGGUCAACAUGAUAGACCAAUGCAUGUCCCAGAGAGUUCGACGCAACGCAGGUUUAGGAGAUCCACCCCGCCCCUAUUACACGAAUGAUUCAGAGUCAGCAAACGCGAUGAUAAAACGGGCCGUAGAAUUUAAAGAGAAUGAAAUAUCUGAAUUUGUUCGUGAAAUGAGUGUGUUAAUGCAGCAACAAAGAGAUGACGUCGAGUCCGCUGUCUUUAACAAAGGCCCCUAUGAAUUAGCUUCUUCGUUUAGAAAUUUCUAUAUUUCUGAAACCGAAUGGUUUAGAAAGAGGACUGAACAAAGAGAUCGACAUUUAGAAAGGUUCCAUAAAGCGAAGAUGUCGAACGAGAAAGAAACCGAGACCAUUUCAACUGUCCCUAGUCAAACUGUUCCUCGUAAAGUACUUACAGUAAAUUUAUUAAGCGCCAACAUUCAGUCUCUUCCCGCGGUCACGUUGCAGGCAAUUGUGAAAAAGUCCGAAGAGUUGUUGAAUCGGGAAGGUGCUAUAACACCGGCUCCUGGAAACGACAAAGCAUUCAUGGUGGAAAGCCAGACAACUACAAGACCACACUUUGUAGAAAUAAAAAAACCCGGGAAAUUGGUUUGUGAUGGGUGUCCGUCUUUUGCAUCUACUAAGUUAUGUGCGCAUGCGGUCGCAGCAUCGGAGAAAGCUGGCGUGCUGGAAAAUUAUGUUAAAUGGUUCACCAAGAAUGGUCCAACAACAAUGAACUUAACAUCACUAAUAACGUACGAUAGCAGUAAGGAUACUGGGAAAAAGUUAACCAAAGCAUCUACAGCAAGGCGAAAAGGAGACAGAGGUGAUAAAUCGCGUCCCGUUUCAUCCAUUGUGAACAGGCCAUUUUCCGCGCAUUCUCAGAGCCCACAAGCAUCUCAGAACCCAGGAGCGCAACAACAAAGUUUACGUACACCACGACAAACAUUGCAAGCCCAAGAUUCAUUAUCCCAUUUACCACAUGAAGCAAUGCAUUCCCGGUACUCAGCACCACAAUCACAUACACCUGCACAACAAUCACAGCAAGUCCAACAUUCAAUACCGCAUUUACGACAUGAAGCAAGGCAUCAGUGUCAGUACACAGCACCUCCCCAACAACCUGUACCGUAUUACAUCCCACAACCAUCAAAUGGGACAUUUGAAGUUCAUUUACUCCAGUUUUGCCACCCAAAUGUUAAAAGUUGCUUCGGAUGUUCUCAAGCGCUGAAGCCUGGAGAUCGAGUGCCUGAUUCACCUCACGACAUUACAAUUGUAUCUCGAAUGCUACGACCGUUUAGCAAUAAGACAACUGGAGAAAGAAUGAACAAAGAGGGCAAUGUUUAUUUCCAUGUUAAUUUAGUCUGCAUUCGUUUCAAGCAGCCUUAUUUUCAGCCCAGCAUGGUAUCUGUUGGAGAUUGGGUGGCAUCUCAACUUAGUAUGCACCACAUUUUGCUCCUAAGGCAAUUUGGCAUGAGGAUUUAG